GAUGUUACCGGGGCUUCCGGCCGAAGUCGGCCCUAGGAACGGACUGCCCCCAUCAGAAUUCCUCGGGUGGUAGAAGAGCGCGGGCGCGAGGUUGGGUGCGGUGUCUGCGUGAAGUCCUCGACUCCCGCGGGGAAAGCGGGGGCGGGGCCGCGGCGGAUGUCGCGGCCCCAGUCGCUGGGCGGCGCGGGGCGCGAGGCCCGGGAGAGGUGAUCGUUAGAAACGCGCGCGCGCCCCCGAGCGGCGGCUACCUGGGUGAGGCGAGGGACGUAGCGCAAAACCGCUGUUCUCCUGUCAGCCACCGCUCCUUUGGCCCUGGCCUCCACUCCUGUUGCCCAAAGCGGCGCGAUGGAGCUGGAGUCGUCCCUGGAGGCGAGCUUCACGGCCAGCGGCGGGAGCGCAGGACUGCUCCCAGCCCGUUCACGCAUCUUUAAGAUCAUCGUGAUCGGGGAUUCCAACGUGGGCAAGACGUGCCUGACGUACCGCUUCUGCGCCGGCCGCUUCCCCGACCGCACUGAAGCCACCAUCGGCGUUGACUUCCGCGAGCGCGCCGUGGACAUCGACGGCGAGCGCAUCAAGAUACAGUUAUGGGACACCGCAGGGCAAGAACGGUUCAGAAAGAGCAUGGUACAGCACUACUAUAGGAAUGUACACGCUGUUGUAUUUGUAUAUGAUAUGACCAAUAUGGCCAGUUUUCACAGCCUACCAUCAUGGAUAGAAGAAUGCAAACAACAUUUGCUUGCUAGUGAUAUACCAAGGAUUCUGGUUGGAAAUAAAUGUGACUUGAGAAGUGCCAUUCAAGUUCCUACAGAUGUGGCCCAAAAAUUUGCUGACACACACUCUAUGCCACUGUUUGAAACCUCUGCUAAAAAUCCCAAUGAUAAUGACCAUGUGGAAGCUAUAUUCAUGACCUUAGCUCAUAAGCUCAAGAGCCACAAACCUCUAAUGCUUAGUCAACCACCUGAUAAUGGAAUUGUUUUGAAGCCUGAACCAAAACCUACAAUGAGCUGUUGGUGUUAA